AUGUCUCUCCCACACUGGAAAAUACUCGCUCUAGAAAGAAGAGCCCAGCAGCAGGCAUUGAUUCCUAAAGAAUGGCUGCUCACUUCUUCCAUGCCAUCAGAUGCUGUCAACCCCAAAGACUUCAUAGACUCACUGGAUCUACUUAGCCAAGAGGAAAAAGCCAUAACAAGCAUUACAGAUGCAUCUGCUCUACUUGCUAAAAUAGCCUCCCGUGAACUAUCCAGUGAACAGGUGGCACGAGCUUUUUGCAAAAGAGCAGCAAUUGCUCAACAAUUAAUUAAAUGCUGCACAGAAUUAUUCUUCGAUCGCGCGAUUCAAGAUGCAAAGGCUUUGGAUGACUACCUAGAAAAAACUGGAAAGCUAAAGGGGCCAUUACAUGGGCUUCCAAUCUCAAUUAAAGACUCUUUCGACAUUGAGGGAUUUGAUACCACCAUAGGAUGGGUCGGUCUGAUUGGAAAACCUGCUCCCCGGAAUGGCUGUGUGGCAGAACUGCUCCUCUCCAUGGGAGCCGUGAUCUACUGCAAGACUAAUAUUCCUCAGUCUCUUAUGAUGUCGGAUUCCUAUAAUCACGUCUUUGGCCAGUCUUUAAAUGCAUUGAACAAGAACUUGGUAUCCGGUGGAAGUUCUGGCGGCGAGGGCGCUAUUGUUGCUGCUCAGGCGAGCAUCAUUGGAAUUGGAACGGAUAUUGGAGGGUCCAUUCGAAUUCCGGCAGCAUUACAAGGCAUAUACGGCUUGAUGCCAUCUGCUGGGCGAAUUCCUUGGGAAAAGUCCAUGAGUACACAAACAUACAUUGUUCCUCCAGUUGCUGGGCCAAUGACGACAAGUUUGAAGAGCUUGGAGUUUUUUAUGGAGGAGUUCAUCUCCACCGAGCCAUGGAAACGAGAUACAAGGGCUUUACCGAUUCCAUGGAGAAAGGAAUUAGCCGAUGUGUCGGGUCGUACAUUGAAAAUUGGUAUCAUUUUUGAUGAUGGAGUUGUUAAGCCGCAACCUCCUAUUACCAGGGCUCUUCAAGAGGUAGCGAAAAGGUUCCGUGCCGCCGGACACGACGUGCUGGAAUGGGAUGCGUCCUCCCAUGUCCAGGGCCUCAAUCUAUGGUUGAAAGCCAUCUUUGCGGAUGGAGGAGCAGACUGCCAAAGACUCUGCAAGGUAGUUGAUGAGCCUCUGAUACAAGGAAUGUUGGUAGGCCAGGAAAAGGAUAAGCUGACACGACCUGAGCGCCAAGAGCUCGAAAAGCAAAAAUAUGAAUAUCGAGAUGAAAUUCAUCGGCAAUGGAGAGAAUCCGGAAUUGAUGCCUUGAUAAUGCCCACAGUACCCUGGGUUGGAUACCCCCCAAAGGUUUGGGUGGAAAGCAAACAGUGGCUUGGAUAUACUGCUAUUUGGAAUCUGCUCGAUUAUUCUGUAGCAGUCGUUCCCGUGACAAGGGCUGAUGCAUCCCUCGAUGCUCCGGGACCUGAAUGGAACAGCUAUACGCCAAGGAACGAGUCUGAUGCAUUUAACCAUAAACAAUAUAACAUUAACCUGGUUAAAAACAUCCCUAUCGGCGUUCAGAUUGUCACUGGCCGUUUUGGCGAAGAAAAAGCCAUUGCAGUGGCAAAGGUUUUGGCGCAAUUACAAUAA